AUGUUGAUGGUUGAAACAGAAAAUGUUACGAUUAGACGUGCGCGAGCGCACUCCGAUACAAACCAAGAUGAUAGUGUCAACAGUCACACACUAGAUGGCACCAUGCAUAGCGUUCCUGGUAUAUCGGAGGAUGAAGAUGUUGAUAUCAUUAACGAACUAAGAGAACAGAUUGACGGCCUUACUACUAAACUGCUGAGCGCCAAUAACCAAAUAGACUCUUUAAUACUAGAAAAUAAAGCCCUAAAAAAGAUGACGAUAAUCUGA